AUGUGGGCAGAUCUUGACAAUUGUAUAGCAACCCCUCUUUCCAAGUGCAGCCCAAAUUGUCCUUCAGGAUUUAGGAAGGUGAUUGCAUCAGGAAAACCCCUGUGCUGCUAUGAGUGUGCCCGAUGUCCUCAGGGUCAGAUAUCAAAUAAAACAGAUGCUGUGGAAUGUCUUCCAUGUUCCUGGGACACGUGGCCCAAUGUACAACAGGACAGAUGCUUACCAAGAAUUACAGAAUUCCUUUCUUAUGAAGAACCUUUAGGCUACAACUCAGCAGCCAUUGGCAUUUUAUCUUCUUUGCUUCAACUUAUAAUUCUGGGAGUAUUUAUUCGUUAUAAACAAACACCAAUUGUCCGAGCCAACAAUUAUUCCCUUAGUUGCCUUCUCCUGCUUUCCUUGUUCCUCUGUUUCCUUUGCUCUUUAGGGUUCAUUGGUUACCCACAACCUGAAAAGUGUCUUCUACGCCAGGUGGCAUUUGGGAUGGUUUUUGCUCUUUGUAUCUCCUGUGUUCUGGCCAAAACAGUAAUAGUAGUUAUUGCCUUUAAUGCAACCAGACCAGACAGCAAGUUAAAAAAAUGGACAGGAGUGAAGAUAUCUUCUGUUCUCAUUGUGUUUUGUGUCUUUAUUCAGUUAUUUGUAUGUUUACUGUGGCUGAUUUUCGUCCCUCCUUUCCCUGAGCAUGACAUUGACACUAAACCUGGAUUUAUCAUAGUUUACUGCAACGAAGGGUCAAACACUGCUUUCUGGUGCAUGCUGGGAUAUCUUGGCCUCUUGGCCACCAUUAGUUUCAUUGUUGCCUUCCUGGCCAGACGUCUCCCUGACAGUUUCAAUGAAGCCAAAUUUAUCACAUUCAGUAUGUUGGCUUUCCUCAGUGUCUGGGUGUCCUUUAUCCCAGCCUAUCUCAGUGCACGGGGCAUGUAUACUGUGGCAAUGGAGGUCUUUGCUAUUCUGUCUUCGAGCUGGGCAAUGGCAAUCUGUAUCUUUGUGCCAAAAUGUUUUAUUGUCUUGUUCAGACCCAAAAGGAACUCCAGGGAACAUUUCAAGGUAAAAUUAAAAAGAAAAACCAGUGGCACCAAAUGCAUUAACUAA